AUGUACGUCCUCGCCUUCUUCCAUGCAGUUGACCGCAGGAAGUUCGGGAGGAUUGGCUGGAACGUCCCUUAUGAUUUCAACGAGUCGGAUUUCAAGGUGUCGGCGAGGCUGCUCAACCUGUACUUGCAGAAGAGUUUCGACAAGAAGGAGGCCGUGCCCUGGGAAACUCUGCGCUACCUCAUCGGCGAGGCGAUGUACGGUGGUCGCGUCACCGACAACUACGAUCGCCGCGUGCUCACUACCUACCUGGAGGAGUACAUGGGUGACUUCCUCUUCGACGAGAACGUUAAGUUCUAUUUCAGUCGGUCUGGCUUUGAUUACGCGUGCCCUCUGGAGGGCAACGUUAGCCAGUACCACAGGAGAUCGUGCAUCUCCCUAUCAACCAGUCGCCUUCCGUGUUCGGGCUGCACCCCAACGCGGAGAUUAAUUAUUUCCUGA